CCCAUUCGAAAAUGUCAAUGUAAUGUUAAUUAUCGCUGAGAUCAUGUUGAAGGGAAAAAUUUUUAGUUUGGCCGUUCAAGCGUUAGACGUGACCAAGAUGGUUUUGGUGAUAACGGCCAACACGGCUGUGAAGCUGGCUUCUGAAGGAAGAAAAGAAAUAAUCAAGCAGUACGGAGAGUAUCAAAAAUUUAAAGUGCACCCCAAUACCACGAAAGCCCUUGCGGAUAAGCCGAAACUGGCCGAGGCGGCGUCGCAAGAUGGGAUUAAGAAGAAAUUCAAUUAGAUUGUAAUUUACAGUUUUUUUUAUUACGUUCGUAUUGAACUAGACAAAUCGUUUAUGAAAGUGCCAGGUUGAUUUUUACAGUUGUGAAUGAACAAAAAAGUUAAUAAACGAAUGAAUUUCU